AUGGCGGAAAGCAACAUCGAACAAGCACUGAUAGCUGCUUUCGUCCGGGAGCUACAGCGGAAGGAUGAAGAGAUUGAGGCCAUGCGAAAGCAGAAGCGCGACGACGACGCAGCCCUCCGUAUCGCUCACGAGAGAAUCGCUCAGCUUCAAAAGCAGAUAGCGAUGAAAACACAGCCCUGGCCAAGAGGACAGCACAACAACGAUGAGUCUAGCCGUUCUUUCGCCGGUAAGUUAAAGUCCAGUGCUGACGCUGCCACUGGCAAGGCGUUCAAGGGCAAACAACCAGUUAUGCCGACUACAAGAGCAUCCCUAUCGUCCGAGAAGUUGCACGUCUCCCGCCGAAAAAGGAGAAAACACUGGUACGAUUCCUGGUACAAGGUCGCAACGAAAAUAGUCUAUAGCAACGACGAAGUCUUUGAGAUGGAGCUCCCAUGUUUCGACUCAAAGUUCGAUCACAUCGGAAUAGCUCGUCCAGUAGAGAACCCCGACGAUCAGCACAGAAGCUGCUACCAUUGCCUUCAAUCCUACACAGAGAAGGACUUCUACGAUCACUUGGGGGUCUGCAGGGCUUUCUGGAAUCUUGCCGUACGCUGUGGGCACUGUGGCAGGAUCUUCAAACUCAACGACGCUUUCUACGGCCUGCAUGCUCCGGAGUGCAAGGUGAAAUCGCAGGAUACCGAGUUCUCUGGGUAUCACUAUACGCUGGCGAGUGCUGGGGUCUGA